CAGGCUUGUAAAAUAUAUUACAAAACAAGGAAACACUACUGAAAUGGACGAGCUGAUGAGACAAAAGUCCACUUUUGCUGACCAGAAAACACACACGCAGGAACUCACCUGCAGUGUGCUGUUUACCAAUCCAAAGUUUAAUCCAACAGAACCCGCCUCUUGUGAUGAACUGAACUCUGUCACGCGCUUGGUUUCCAAAACCGAGGAUUUGGAUUUGGAGCGCGUCUUUAAACGAUUUUCAAAAGAUGGUUUCGAAGUGACGGAGAGUUCGAAUCGCUCUCUCUUCGAAUUCGGUCACAACUUCGAGGAUGUGGAGGGCUGGCUAACGAUGGAGCAGCCCUCCAAGGAUCAACUGCCCUCGGUGCUUCGCUAUAUGAUUGAGCAUCAUCUCAAGACCACCGUGCAGAUAGAUAUUAACAAGAUGUACUUUAACUGUCACUUCAUUGUACUCCAGGUUUAUUCUCGCUACUUCAGUGAGCUCAAGACAAUUCCCCUCCUCGUCACUCUUCCCGAGGAUCGGGUCUCUCAAAAGGCCUUUAUGCUCAUCUACAAAUGGAUGCUAAGCGAUGAUCCCUUCUUGGAGCGCCGCUAUAUAGUUGAGAUUUUUGUGGCCGCCACCUAUUUAAGGAUCGAUGAACUGCUGUCACAUUGCUGGAAGUAUUUCGAUGACACACAGUGCUAUAGCGAGGAUACUGCUUGCAUCCUGUAUGUGGAGACCCGAUACCAUCCUGCCUUGGAUGUGGUGCGCACUUUGAUGCUCACCAGGAUCCAGAAGUUCCUUCUCACCUUUGUGGCCACUAGGGAUUUUCUUGACCUGCCGCUCACUCACUUGAUUUUCCUCCUCAGUUCCAGUAGCAUCUGUGUGAAUACGGAGGUUGAGGUACUCUUUAUGGCAGUGCGGUGGUUGGGUCACGACUGGAGCAAGAGAAGUGCGCAUGCGCAGCGUUUGGCUUCGUGUAUUCGCUUCCACCUGAUGCCUCUGUGGUACUUGCUCUACGUGCGUCGCGAGGAGGAUCACCAAGUGGUGAAGGAGCUGCUAUCCCUUGAGGAAGUGGAUCGCCAGAUCAACGAAGCCAUUUCGAACAUCACGUCGCUAAUGUACGAGGAAAAACUGGCGGAAGGCGAUGGCUCACCGCUCGAGGGUUAUCCUAAUGAGAAAACACCGCAGCGUGUGUGGAUUUGCGAUGGGUUAUGCAGCUAUAAUCACUGGGUAGGCUGCCCUAAUAGCCGGGAAAUUCGAUACAAUAGCUUUGAGACGUACCUUGCCGAAUUGCAACAGAGCUCCUUAGAUCAUUGGUCCAAAGUCGAAUUGCUGGACCUUAACAGGAAGACUGAUUGCUGUAACUUAAAGAAGAAAGCAUUGGAUGAUGCAAUACUAGUUGCGAGUGACAACACAUGUUAAAUGCAACAAAUUACAAAAUUAAACGACUUUUUAAAAUUUUAAAUUACGCUGGUUCGAGUCUAUGCUAUAAUUCCUUAUCCUAGUUUGACACCUGUAUUUGAUUUGUGGUAUAUUAUAAGCCAUCUACACUACCGUUUUAAAGCAUUAGGGUGGACGCAAUACAAUAAUCCAAAAU